GGAAUUUCCGUGUGGGUCAAAUUUCAGGGUGUUUGUAUUUGCACAUGAACUAUAAGAAGGCUGUCACAAUGCUGGGCAAGGACACAUCGUGCUUUGCUCCAGGAGGCAAUACAAGGAGUUUGGGAGUGCUUAAAGGUGUAUUUCUCUAAAGCCUUCUACGCCAUAAAGACAUUUUACCUGCAACUGUGCAUGCAGUGAAAUGCUGCUCAGCAACAAGUAAAGCCAAAGGAAUUAGCUUCAAGCUUUUUGCUCUGCUUACUAUCUGGGUGGAAGAAACAAUCAGGAUGGCUUCGACAGCUAAAAAAAAUUCUGCAGUGAGAACUCCAAAUACGUUUUGCCCUGAAGGUAGAGUCUGCAAGCACGGAUUCCUCAUCAAAUCACCACCUCUUCAACUUUUCAGCUCACAGAAUUCCUGGAAAAGGCGUUUUUUCAUCCUGUCCAAAUCCAGCAAGGACAAUUACAUCCUGAAGUAUCUGAAAGGCCAGAACAUAAAAGGCUCCAUAGCUGUUGAUCAAAUCAUAAAUAUUGAAGUUGGCAUCAGCAAAUCCGAAAUGAUGGAAAUGGUGAGGAAGAUGUUUAAAUGCCUUCCUGAGCAGGUGAUGUCCAUCAACACUGGAAACAGGUGUUACUACCUCAUUGGGAGCAGCAGGCAGGAAACAGAGGACUGGGUCACUGCGAUAUCUUCAGUCUGCAAGGAGACGAAAAGAGGUGGAUGCUGCCCUCAGAACCAAGAUCUUCCAAAUUCAGAAGUCAGAAGCCGGCCUUCCUCUUUGCCACUCUUCUUAAAUUCUAUAGAUACGACCAGUUCCCUAGAAAGGCAGAGCUACCAGAAGGAGAAUGGUUCCUCAGAAGACAAGAACAGGCCUAAUUCAGAUCCUGGCCCUCAUCAGGCUCAGCGUGAUGCAACAAGAGGAGUUUUUCCAAGUCUGGAUAAAACUCUGGGAAAGUCUGAGGAAAAUCUGGUGUUGUCAGAUACAGAUGAAGACAUCAAAAAUGAUGAAGAAGAUUAUUACCAAACUCCCAGCAAUAUUUUAGCAAAGUGGAAUACUGACCCUGAUGCUACAGCUGGGUUUGAUGUGCAAGAGAAACCAGUGCAGACGAACCCAGUACAGGAGAACAUUUAUAUGCCAAUGAAAUCACUCACGUUGCUGGAUGAGAGUUGCCAGCUCACAUGCAGACAGGAUGGACUCCCGUCUCUUCCCAAACGCCAGGACAACAGCACAUGUCCAAGAGACUUGGAAGCAAACAGAGACCUAAAAUUCCCAGAAAGCAGCACCAGCAGCCUCCAGAGAAGGCAAAAUUCAUCACCACUGUCAGUGGUUCAGUUGUCUAUACUGCUCAGUCAAAUUAAAGAUGAGACCCAGCUGCAGAAGUUGGAUAUUUUCGUCCCCCUGGCUGAUAUUAACAGUUACCUAAAACUUACCGAAGCAGCAGGACAAAUAUGUGUCUCCCAGUGGACUGGUCCUCACCAAGUGGGAUGUUUGUUUAACCACGGGGACCAUAUAGUGGCUGUGAAUGAUCUGCAACCCCAGAACGUGGAGGAGGCUUACUUCUUCAUCAGCAGGUCCACCAGAAAGGAGGUGAAACUUACUGUUUGUAGGAUUCCACAUUCAGAUAUCUUCCAUGUUAAAGGCUGCUGAUGUUCCUGGAAAAAGAGACCUCAGUGAUUAAUGGUGUUCAAAAGCCUGAAUUGUGCAUAAUGACAGAGGAAAACCCCAGUUCUGGAACUACAGAGGCUGUAGUUGGAAGACAAGACAUUCCUUGGGAGCUCUUCUCCACAGCUGCUAUGGGACCCUUCGCUCUGCACCGCCUCUUUGAGCACAACAAAUCCACUUUUGGCUAAGGAGUCUCUGAGGGAUGGGAUGCCCGGCUAUCACUACACAGGGCUUCUUCCAGCUCUGUAGCUAUGUCAUUCUGCCAGGACAGUCUCUAGGCCCGAAUCCUAAAACCACAGAUCAUCUAGUUCAAGAACAUGCACCGAGGAUGUCACCCUCAUCCUUUCCUGCCCAAGGCUUGCCUAAGCUCUUCUUCUGAACUUGAGAAAAGUCAAGUCCAAACCUUCCUGUGCUGUUCCAAGACUCAUCUUUCUGUAUAAUUAUGAAGGUUUUUUCCUAAUAUUUACACCAGAUGAUUUUUUUCACAAAAUGAAUCUGAUUCUUUUCUUGCCCUGUUUGCAGUGGGCACAGGGAAUGGGGAUUUCUGCUGUCUCCAGGGAAAUCUUCAUUCUAGAAGGCGUUUUUUCUGACUGCUCAUUUUCUUUCUCCUCCUACAUUCUUUCAGCAUGUUUCCCAACACCUCCUGAAAGUAAGUGGUCAUAUGCCACAGAACUGCAAGACAAACACACUGUGUUCCCAGUUAUGGGUGAACAAACAAAGGAGGUGAGCCAGCCGUGAGGCAACUUCCUGCAACUUCAUAAAGAAGCAUGUCCAGAAAGAGGUGACCUAGAGAAGAAGCUGUGAACCGUACAUGGUGGUAGGAGGAGAGCCAUUGCCAUGGAACCUGCACGUGGCAUUGCUGCUGGAGGUGUUGAGCAAUGCAUGCUGCACCUCUUGGCCAUGGAAGAAUGUGCCUGUUGGACAAACUAUAGGAUUUGGGUAGAUACAGCAUGCACAGGAUAAUUCCAGGGUAUUUCAGAAAACUGGGGGAUUACUUCUGUACUUCACUAAACAGUUCCUGACGUGUUAGCCCAUAGCUGGUCAUUAUGUCAGUUUGCACAGUGAUAAAUGCAGAAUAAUGUCACAUAUUGGCUGAUUCAUAGCACUUACAGAAGUACAAUAUGGAAAUGACACUGGUACAGUAAAUUCUGGGAGGGUGUAUGCCUGCCCACAUGCAAUUAAUAAAUGUGUUAACACUUUACAA